AUGAGUCAAGUACGAUUGCUAAAUCCACCCUCAUCACCCUCUUCAAUGUCGAGAGGAAAUCAUCAAGUACAUAAUACAAGUGGAUCGGGCAUUGAUGGCUCUGUUCCACCUUUUGAUGAAGAGGAGUUACAAAUGUUGUAUACAUGGGUGGAUGAAAUACCUCUGAGUCGACCAAAAAAGAAUAUUGCUCGAGAUUUUAGCGAUGGAGUAUUAAUGGCGGAAGUGGUAAAGCAUUUCUUUCCGAAGUUGGUGGAUCUUCAUAAUUAUGUAUCGACUAGUAGUUCAAAGCAAAAAGGAUAUAAUUGGCAAACCUUGGACCAAAAGGUUUUUCAAAAAAUUGGUUUUAUUGUAGAUCCUAGAGAAUUUGACGACAUGGUAAAAUGUAAACCCUUUGCUGCUGAACGAAUGUUAAAGAAUUUUCAAAUCAAAGUUUCACAAAUUCAACAGCGAAAACUGGCUCAACAACAAGGAUCUAGGGCCUCAAACGGACUAGGUACUCACAACCAUUCUGGAGAGAAUACAAACACUCAACAGCCGACAUCAAACUCGAAAACAAGGAGACCCGCUUCUGCCUCAUCGGCUCGUACUCAACGAGCGACACAAAGAGAUUACGGUGAUGAUCAGAUGAUGGAUGCAGUUUCCAAUCAAAAAGGCUCUGUUCAACCAGUUCCAAACAAAAUGAAGGAGACGCAGGACAAUAUUCAAACACCUAACAACGAUUCCAUGUACCAUAAUUCCAAUCCGUUAGGAAAAUUUUCUACUGAGGAUAUUGAACUAAUACGAGAAAAAGAUGCAAAAAUUCAUGAGCUAGAAGAGACGGUCAAGCUUCUUGAAUCAAAAAUCAACAAACUUCAACUUCUGAUACGUCUAAAAGACUCAAAAAUUCAAGCACUAAAUAAUAAAAUUAAAAACUGA